UGAUUUUUUUUCUUUUCUCAGAUAUGUCCAGAAAGUGACAGUUAGUCGUAAUUAUGGUGGAAGCAUAGUGGAAUACAUGGACUUUAUGGUUCGCAAUUAUUCUCCACCUCCAUCAAUCAACAAUAGCAUCAAGAUGGAAGUUGGAAUUGAAGAUUGCCUGCACAUUGAGUUUGAGUACAAUAAAAGCAAGUAUCACAUGAAAGAUGUUAUUAUUGGGAAGAUAUUUUUUCUUCUUGUGAGAAUCAAGAUUAAGAAUACGGAUCUUGAGAUAAGGCAUCGAGAGUCAACAGGAUCAGGAGAAAAUACCCAUGUUGAGACAGAGACUCUAGCAAAGUUCGAGUUAAUGGAUGGUGCUCCAGUCCGAGGUGAAUCAAUUCCAAUCAGGCUGUUUCUUAGUCCAUAUGAACUGACUCCAACAUAUCACAACAUUAACAUCAAAUUCAGUGUGAAGUAUUACUUGAAUCUUGUUCUGGUGGAUGAAGAGGACCGCCGAUACUUCAAACAACAGGAAAUUACGAUAUACAGGCAGCAGGAUUCCUGAUUAUGUAAACUUGGAAUUCCAACCAGUAAAGAAGAACAAAUGAUUUGCUGUCGAGCGGAACCUCCCUAGGGCCUCGAAGCUUAAGGUUAAAAACUACCGGAACACAGUGGUCUUCUUUUGAAGAGCUAUACCUUUUUUCUUCUUUUUUGUGUAGACUUUGAUUGAUUGUAGCUUUGACAUGGAAUUGGUGCAAGGAUGCAAAUUAUUCAUGUGCUGUUGAGGAGAAUAUAGUUGCUUUUCGCCGCUGCUUUUGCUAGGGCUGCCAUUAAUGUUGGACAUUGUACUCUACCUAUUACAAG